AUGGCAAAAGGCCUUAACGAAGAAUACAUCUUGAAUAUCCUAGAAAAUUUAUCGGAGAAUCCAAAUGAUUUGUACACUUGCAUGCAACUAAAUCAUCGUUGGUCAAACAUUGCGGUGACCAUUCUUUGGAGAAAUCACCCAUGGAAGCAUACAUUUUAUUCAAUAAAAUUUUGGAAACCCAUCUCUUACACAAUCCUUUUGUCAUUCCCAAAACACGUUAAAGAAUUACUCGUUUUAAAUAAUAUCUCCAAAUCUAGCAUCAUUAAUCGAGAACCAAUGUACGAUUACGUUUCAUCUUGUCGAUAUCUAUCAAAGAAUUUGAUAGCGAAAAUCGCUCAUGGUAUCUUAUAUAAAAAGAAUUACAAGACCAAUUAUAAUUUUUAUAAUAAUCAAUAUUAUUUGAUUGAUGAAUUAUGGAAAUUAUUUUUAAAUGGCUCACAAAAGAUCGAUCAUUUCAUUUUACCUUGCGAUCAAUCACUGAAUCAAUUUUAUGAAAAGGGAGAAUUUAAUUCAAAAUUUCAAACCAUAACAAGAUUAGAAUGUUCUACUAGAAUUUCACCAGAUAUUUACGAUCAAUUAUCAAAAGUUUCAAAAAACAUAUCUGAAUUAAUCAUUUACAUUUAUUUUAAUUAUCCAAACUAUGAUAAUCAAGGAUUGGCCACUUUGAUAUCCUUACAAAAAAAUUUGAGACGCAUUAGAUUCAUUUCCUAUGAUUAUGAAUUCAAUAAUAAGGAAUGUCCAAACAUAUCAAGCUCAUUACAACAUUUGACAAAAUCAUUGAUUUCACUUGAAUUCAAAGAAGAAGAUAUCUCAUACAUAUCAUUAAAACACGUCAAUCCUUUUUUGACCAAUUUACGAUAUUUAUCAAUAGAUCUGGGAAAGGAGAAUAUCUUCAUCAAUAAUGGAUUGGAUUCAUUAAAUUCGAUGAAAUUACCUUCCUUGGAGAUCUUAGAGAUCAAAUUGUCGGAAAUCAAUUCGCUUGACCCAUUUAUCUCCCUUUUACAAAAGACAAAAUAUACCAUUAAAAAGAUUCAAAUUGAAACCAAAGAAUUAAAUAAGAAAAACAUAGACUUGGUCUCAGAUUACAUCAACACGAUAACAGCGUAUUGUCCAAAUAUAGAGAGUCUGAACCUUUGGGUGAAUAGCAAUGUGCUUAAUGACAUUGAAAUAUUAUUUAGUUCUUGCAUGAAUUUAAAAUAUCUCAAACUUGAAACGAUAGGAGGUGGUGGGGAUGAUGAGAUUUUGGAAGCCGACCCAUUUCUUAAAUUAAUCCCUUCAAAAGUAUUGAGGGAUUUGAAAAAGAUCGAUUUGAUCGGAAGAUGGAAUUUUAAUAAUGAGGAAUUGGAGGAUUUUCUGAUCAGGUCUGAACAUCAUGAAAAUUUUGGUUUGGGAAUAGAAUUUCAUUGCGUCAAAGGUGAUAAAGGCAGGUUUGAAGAAAUUUGUGGUAAAUACAAAGAAAAAGGAAUCUUGAAAAGAUGUAAUUUUGAAAUCAUCAACGCCUAG